AUGGCUCGAAAAGUGGAUAGCAUUGAAGUCCUCGAAAGAGCUGGAGUCGGGUUUAAACUUUCCCUGCUCCUGAGUGCAGUGAGCUGCGAGGUUUUUAAUGGCGGAGUGGAAACCCAUAGCAUUGCUAAGGGUAUCUCAGUUCUGGCAGUUUCUUUAAAACAUGCUGGGCGAAUCCUCCAGGAGCCUGACCCCAUUUACUCGGCGCAAGCUGCAAACGUCAUUAGAGAAAUUUCGCAUCAGAGUGCUGCUGUAUUCGAUGAACUCAAAUCAAUGCUGAGCAAAGCUCAGACUUGUGAUAAUACGGCAUCCAACACCGAGACUUUACGGGAUCAUUUCCUGCGUUGCUUUAAAAAGCACCGUGUCACUUACCUCAUUGCCUAUAUGGAAUCACUCAACCUUAGCCUUAUGGCUAUAGAGCAAAUUAUUACCCUUGGGAAAUUACUAGCGUCAAAGAGGUAUAUGGAGCAGAGCCUUGCCACGGCUUUGAUUGAGCAGGAACGUGCUGAAAUCCAGAACGUACUGAUCAUUCGGUGCUGGUCUCUGAACAGACUAGACAGGCUCUAUGAUCUUGCUCGGCAAGAGGCAGAAGAGGGGAGUGUAUCUAGUACAUAUAACCCAGCGCUUGAUCCGUCCAUGCCCAAAAGCCAGCGUAAUGCUUUCAGGAAGCUUCGUGCUAUCUCGUUCGGUGACGUCGAUACCACUUUAAAGCAAAUUAAAAAAACACCUAGGGACAUGGUCAAGGUGUCCGCUGAGGCAAUUGACCCAUUGUUACAACUAUGGGUUCGGCGAAAGCAAGUCUCUGGAGUAACGGAAGGCUCGGAGCAGCCCCAACGAGCUAGAAUAUUUGCUGACGAUCUUCGACAACGAUAUGCCAAGUACUGGGCUACGGUUCAAACCGACUCGGAAGAGAGCGAGACGGAAUGUGAUGAGGCGACGCCAAACAACGUUUCUGAUCCGUCUUCUUCGUCCUCAUAUAACUCCCAACAUGGGACAGCUUCUACCACAAAUGGCCUCCAUAAUUAUUACAAUAUACAGAGAAGUAACAAUCACACCGCAGCCUAUGCUUCUCCAGAUUUUACGACAGGAGACUUGGGCAAUGCUAGAUCACAAACCUAUACCCGUCAGGGGACAAGGACUAGCCCUUUCGAUAACCGCGAUACGUAUAAGAUACCAGUCCAUGACUUAGAAGGCGCUUCGCCCAACGCACUCUCUAGUACAGAUACAUGGAAGAUACCAUGUACUGCAACUCAACUGCCGGACCAACACGCUGGUAGGCCAAACUGUCCUCCACCCACUACAUCAUAUACUUAUGCAAACGCUUCCCCAAACUAUCCAAUACACCCACCUCAUCGAUCAUACUCCCAUCCGCCUGGGCCAUAUCUCCGCCAGCAUGUUAGCUCACACUACCCGCAACACCCUCAGUCCGGAAUAACACCUCAUCCUACUACAUCCACCCAUGAUUGCCGCACCUACCGUCGUAGGAGACGUGUUUCUUUUAUUGAGGAUCAAUAUUCCGAUUUAUCAAGUAGUGAGGAAGAAGGCAGAAACCGGUUACGUAGGAAUAGACGAGUUACCAGGCGGGAGAGAAAAUCUAAUGAUCGGACAAAAGGUUAUAGACGAUCAACAUUACAUGGCGUUUUGGGUACUGGGGCAAUCACGGCAUUCCUUAAAGCACUAGAAGGAUUCUCACCCGGAAAUUGGCCGCUUUUCAUGAAAUACUAA